GAAAACACAAAAGAGGAUAUUAUAAAAAUGGGAAAAAGUUGGUUAAAAAAAAGAUGGGGUUUUGUGAGUGUCACCUGAAACUAAUUAUUCUUCUUGUUUGGAGGGAGCUCAGAGUUAUGGGAAAGGGAUUUAAUUAAUACACUCUUAAUCUUGGGAUUUUCAACUUUCAAUAGUUAUAUUAUGAGAAGAUAUACUUAAAAGUGUGAUAGAGUAUGAUAUAAGCAUGGACUCUUCUAAUCUUCAUCAUCAUCUUCAAGAUAAUCAGCAUGUUGUUGCAGAUGACAAUUCACCUUCUUUGUCUUCCCCAUGUUUCAAUGUUGCAGAUAAUCACCAUGCCUGGAGACCUCCCACUUUCUUCUUGAACAAUGGCAACAUCCAUGCAACGACUUGCGAUGAAUUAGCUACUCCUAAUUCCCUCAACAAUCCCUUAAUACAAGAAGUGGGUUUUCCAUGGCCUAAUGAUCAUAUUAGCAUUAAUCAAUCUACUUCCCACCAACCACCACCACCACCACCACCACAACAACAACAACAACAACAACAACAACAACAACAACAAGUUAUAGCCGAUAAAACUAAGGAAGAACCAUCAACUUCCUUAGAUCAUCAUGAUAAUCCGAGUUUCGCAAAAAUUAGUGACAUGUUAAGCCCUUCAACUUCAUCAUCAAGUGAAAUGUUACAUGUCAAGAACACAUUAUCUCCUACUUACAAAAACCACAUGCUUUCUAAUUAUAGUAAUAGGGAUCUUCAUCACCCUUCAUCAUCAUUAUUUCAAGCAAGUAUACAACAUUAUCAAAAUUCCAAGGGGAUAAGUACUAGUUUUAGCCAGAUUUAUCCAAGUGUAAAUAUAUCAAACAUGUCUUCACCAAUAUUAUCUUCAAGCUCCGGCACAAUUGAUCAUGAUCAGAUAGCUAACAAUAAUGUUCAAGGUGGUUUCGAUCUCUUCGCUACCGCCAGAUUUUUAAGUGGAGAUCAUUCUUGUCCAAAUAGCAAUAAUCUUCUAGAGCUGUUUGAAGGGAGUCCUCGGUUCAGCGUUGAUCAUGAUUUGCAGCCGUCUAAUAACGAUCUCAAACGUUGCAAUAUUCCUAACAAUCUUUCAUCCUUUAACAAUAAUGGAGUCAUCCCUGCUGAAUCAAAGAACCACAUCAUGAAGCAACAAUCAACUCAUCAUCCAAUGCCAUCCAAAAAGCAACGGUUCGAAUCUCGCGCUUCUUUCCCCCCUUUAAAGGUUAGAAAAGAGAAAUUAGGAGACAGAGUCGCGGCUCUUCAACAACUAGUGGCACCCUUUGGCAAGACUGAUACAGCUUCUGUGUUAAUGGAAGCAAUUGGAUACAUCAAGUUUCUUCAAAACCAAGUCGAGACACUAAGUGUUCCAUACAUGAAGUCAGCCGCAUCACGCAACAAAAGCUCCAAUAACAACACUCAAAGGGUAAUUAGAGACGAUGAAUAUUGUGAGAGUGAAGAAUCAAAACUAAGAAGCCGAGGAUUGUGUCUUGUGCCCUUAUCAUGCAUGUCCUAUAUUAAUUUAGCAACUCAUCCGGCCGCUACUAAUGCUGCUAUUUGGCCAUCUCCUAAUUUUAAUUAAUUAAUUAAAGUUAUUAUUUAAUUUUAGAUGCAUUCAUAUAUAGUUAAUUAAAGAGGUAGAAGAUUAGUACGUAAUUAUUUAAAUGGUCGAUCGUAAUUAUUAGAUCUAUUUGUAUGAUUAAUGGAGAAAUUUUAAUUUGAUCAUCUUGAAAGAAUUUAUAAGAUGACCAAAUUAAAUGUUAAUGUGUUACUAUAGUCAUUUUUCCGCUCAAUGGAAAGAUCAGGCAUAUACGUAGAAUUGUCUAAUUCAUGUGAGGCAUUA